ACAGUGGGCGCUGUCACCCUCAAGUAGAUUUGGGUUUUGCUAGGGCAUUGUGGACAGGGAUGGUGGAUGGGUGUAAGCAUCUGCCUCUGAUUCCAAAGGUUGCACGUGCUUAUCCAGUGAUAUGUUUUGUUUUAAGCCUAUCCCAGCCCCUAGCCCGUACCUUAACCAUUCUGAGUUAAUGCCUUCACAAUUUGUAGUCAAUUCCUGAACUUAACCCCAAACUUAAAAAUGCUGAGUCAAUGCCAGAACUUAAUGCCUUACACACAAAUUUGACUUUGGACCAACUUCGAAAUUUGACGUUUGAACGUCUAAUUCUGAGGUGAGAAUGUAAGAGCUGGUUGGUAAGUACAGCCAUGAAAACAGGUGAAUGAAAUUAUACAGUGGGUUCUAGGGGAGAAAUCUCAAUACCUUACCUAACAAGCAGAUAUGGGAACUGCUUCUCAAAAGAGGCGGGGAAAAGAGAUUCGACCCAAAAAUCGUCCUAGUUAUUCUUCUCCAAUUAUUCCUGGAAAAAGAAGCAAAAGUGGUAAAACAGUUUCACACCAAGUCAGUCACUUCCCAUCUAAAAGGAAACAAAAAAUGCAUUGCUCAGAAGCCCAUAGGUACUCAGGGGUUUUGGACAGAUUUUUGGGGAAGUUGUGUAUCUUUACACGCACGCAACAAUUGCAUCCUUCCCAGCGCUCAAGUCCCAUUCAACCCAUUCAACAAGUAUGACAUAUAGGAAGUGAUUGUUAGUGUUCCCCUAUCUCUCUCUCUCUCUCUCAUACACACUUCCUUCUCAUUCCCACACACCCUCAUCCUCUCUCUGUCUCCCGGCGGUCACUUGCCUAAUUCAGGAGUUUUCUCUGAGUCGUUUCCCUGUUAGGGCUUUCUGUCCUACGUUUUCACCUUCCUUCUGGCAUUUCCUGUAAACCCGAUCCGUCCUGUCCUACUACUGCAAAUUGGUGAAAGUCUGACUCGCCUCGAGAGUAUGUCAACACUCUCUCACGGGACAGGUGUGGAGGUGUGUGACGUGUGUGAGUGUGUGUGCCUGUGAGCACGUGCCACCAUCUAUUUGUGUGUGUUUGGGUCUGCCAACACAACCCCUCUUACAUUUCCUUAAUUAAGCGAUGCCAGUAAAAACAAUUACAGGGCACUCUGUAUAUAAUAAGUGAUUGACAACUUGGCAAGUGAGGAAAUGUAAUGGAAAUUCCUAUGGUUGACAUUAUUGUGAUAUGCUGUAUCUCCUGGUGGGAAGCAGCCAUUCAAGUCUGGGCAUGUUGAGAGAAACCCCCCCCAACCAGAGUGUGAGAGAAAGAAAGAGAAAGAGAGAGAGAAAAAAAUACGUCUGUCUGUCUGUCUGUCUGUCUGGGCAUGCGUUCAAACUCUUUGCCCUGCCCCCUCCCCGUCAGUCUAACUAGCAGCUGAUAAAAGCAGUGACAGCGUUGAUUUCACACCAGACAGUGACAGUAGUUCAGGAACCCACACACAGUGCGCGGGACACACACUCAAGAAACAACCCAGGUGGAACAAGAACCAGGUCAUUAGAAGAGGACAUAGGAGACUGUUCUGUACAUGGCAGAGAUCUAUAACGGCAGGCAGCUAUACCACUUCAUCGAUGGCUAUGACUUGCAGCGCAGCAACUGGAUGCGCUACGUCAACCCAGCGCACUCGCUGUCCGAACAGAACCUGGUGGCGUGCCAGAAUGGCCGUGACGUCUACUUCUACACCAGCCGGCCCGUGGAGCCCAAGCAGGAGCUGCUGGUGUGGUACAGCCAAGAUUUCGCCCAGAGACUGUGCAGCCAACCAGGUGACGAGCUCAAGCAAAAACACAUUAUCGGAGAUGUCAGAGAAUCCGAAGAGAAGGAGGAGAUGAAAGACGAGAGAGAGGAUGAAGGGGAGGAGAGAAUUGACGUGGAGGUGCUGGAAAGAGACACGCCGCCCGACACGCCAGACGACCAAAUCAUGGACUUCAGCCAGAAGAUAGAGAAUGAGAAGGUGACCCAGGACCACCAGGGACCCAUCCCCUCUCCUCAACCCGACCAGCGAGAGCCCAAUCUGGGAUCUCAUGUCUACGGCUUCCCAGAGUGCCACCCGACCGCCCCCUCCCCGACCCGCGACCUUCACCUCCACGGGCUCUACAGCCACAGAGAGGGCCUAGUGUCCUCCUACCCCCUCUACCAUCCCUCCAGACCCCUUCAACCCCCCUACCAGCUUCUCCCCCAAUACAGCAGCCCCCACUACCCCCACCUAUUCCUCCCCCAGUACCCCCCACCCUUCCCUGGGAUGCUCCCCUCCAGAGGCCCUCUGCGGUACAGCAGCUAUCCGAGUAACGAUGGACUUCCACACCCCUCCAUGACCCACCAGCCUGGUCUGCUCCCAGUGUCUCUGCCCUACCCCGGAGCGACUCAGGGAGGGCUGAAGGAGAGGACCCCAAAUAUGUCACCUCCUUGUGGGGCCCCAGCCACCCCAGAGCUCUCUCCCCUUCCCAAGCAGGAGCACCAGACACCCCUGCCGUCACCCUGUGGCUGUGAGGAGGCCAUGAACCUCAGCAUGGACAUGCCAAAGAGCAGCCCCUCGCCACCUGCCCCUGGCUACAAAUCCCUUCCCUACCCCCUGAAGAAACAGAACGGCAAGAUCAAGUACGAAUGCAACGUCUGCAUCAAGACUUUCGGACAGCUGUCCAACCUCAAGGUGCAUCUGAGAGUACACAGUGGAGAGAAGCCCUUCCAGUGUCACCUCUGUCUGAAGAGCUUCACCCAGCUAGCCCACCUGCAGAAGCAUCACCUGGUCCACACUGGAGAGAAACCACAUGAGUGCACGGUGUGUCACAAGCGCUUCAGCAGCACCAGCAACCUCCGGACCCACCUGCGGCUCCACUCGGGUGAGAAGCCCUACCAGUGCAAGCUGUGUAGCACCAAGUUCACCCAGUACAUUCACCUCAAGCUCCACCGACGCCUGCACAUCGCCCGCGACCGCCCCCACUGCUGCCCUCUCUGCGCCCACACCUUCCUCCACCGCUUCUCGCUGCGCAUCCACCAGCGCAGCUGCUGCCCCGCCUCUGCCCAGGCCCACGCCAGCUCACAUGCCCACGCCCACAUCCGCGAGCUGGUCGAGCGCUUUGACACCAGCCCCGAGGCGGACACGCUGCCUGAAGGGGCAGGACCGGCCCAUUUGGAAGCUGCAGUGGAGCGCUGGGUGGCCCGGAGCUUGGAAGGGCGAGAGGGCAAGGAGGACCAGAGUGAAGCCACCCUGCUGCUCAAGGCCUUCACGGCGGCCAUUAACGCCCCAGCUCCUCCCACGACGUCAUCGCACACUUCUACUUCAGCCUAUCAGGAGAGGGCUAGUGUUGUACGCCUCUACAACCGGCCAAUGGUGAAGACGCAAGGGCAGUAGGCAAAGUAGAAUUACCCGUUUGGGGAGGGGUAAGGAACGAGAAACAUUUUAAGGGUCUACCUCCUGAAAAGCCAGAGCACAAUCGAUAAAGUCGUCACGGAAAAAAUAAGUAUUUCCUCGAGGGGAGGAGAGACUAUGGAAAGCCAAUAAGAGGGCAGCACCAAAACAAAGACUAUUCAAAGACAUGGCCAGUGUGUUCAGUGAUUGCACUUCCACCCUAACUAAGGGUGUUUUCUUAAUCGCCGUGAAGUUUCACUCAGGUCCACAGGUGUACUUUACAUGGAAUGUGUGAGAGAGUUUGUCAGCUAUAUUUGUUCAGUUCAGUGAUUAUUUUUCUUGUUAACGUAAUGUUACGUCUUGACACUUCCAAGGAGGCUUACUCUUGGGAAAACCGUUGGACCAAUGCCACAGACUAUUACUGCGAUAUCUAAUGUUUAAUUACCGGACAAUCUUUGUGUAUAUUUAUUUAUUUUUGCUAAAAAAGGGGUAGAUCAGGGAUCUUGAAACUAUGUGUAUGUAUUUGCGUUUGCCAAAAAAAACAACAAGAAUCAAAUCAAAUAUGAGGAUAAACAGGUCUAACUUAUGUAGCAUAACUUUUUCAAACAUAAAUUGUGUAUUCUAAUGUAAUGUAACAAGAGAGGAAAGCAAACUAAAAGUAGUCAGAAUGUUAGAAUGUUCCGGUUCAAUUCAAAUAGCUUCUCAGGACUUCCUGUGAGUCAUUUAGUGAUGUAUUGGAGGUACAUACUUCUGCACAGAAACUAGCAAUAAAAAGAAAAAACGUUUGUUUCUUCUUUUUUGUGUGUCUUUUUGAAUGUUAAAACAUUAAGACAGUGUGCUUGCAUUUGAAUUUGUUUGAAUAUAUCCUGAAAUACCAUUGCGUUUCUAGCUCUUUCUCUUUGAUUCAGUUGUUAUCUACCCACUGUCGAUAUCUGCUUUAUUUAAUUCGUCCUCUAUACUGGUGGUACUGUAGAUGCGAUUGUCAUCCGAAUCAGAGCAUGAACCAUACAGUCUGUGAGAAUGAACCCGAUGUAGUCUGUACUGCACUUUCCCCUUUACUCAGUCUGCUCCUAGUACCACUGUGAAUAUAUACUCAGGUGAAUGGCUCUCGGCUCUUGUUAUUUUACCAAAACUAUUGACAAAGGUACCUCAUACUAGAGCUGUAUGUUUUCGCUCUCACUGGAAAAAGCCAGAAAUAGAUCCAUGCGCACCAAGGUUUCUGUUACCUAGAACCAAAAUGGUGGAACUGUUCUAACAUUAAUACUGUGUGAAUUAUAAUUGUUUUUGUAUACACAUUUGUAGUUUUGUCUAUGUAGUUUAUUUUUGGACCAAGGUUAUCAUAUGUGGAUACUUUAUGUCAGAGAUUAUUUUCAUGAUACUUUUGCAAUAAAUGUAGCACAUGUUGUUUUUCAAA